AGCAGCUCCAGUAAACACAGCGGACAGUGGAUGACAUUUCCCCUGAAACAGUGAACCGUAUCGGGCUCAGAGAUGAAGGAGGACCCGGUGGAGAGUCCCGUUGAGCGGAACCACGCGGAGUUUCUGCGGGGGUUUGUGACCGAGAGGCUGGCCGCGGUGUCCCGGGAGAUCCUGGGGGCGGUGGAGGCGGUGGUGUCCGGGUAUGAGGAGGAGGCCUCGGGGUUCCGCCUGGAGAUCCGCCGGCAGAGGAACCAGCUGGAGCUGCUCCGGAACCAGCUGGACCAGCCCCAGAACCAGCUCCAGAACCAGCUCCGGAACCAGCUGGACCAGCCCCGGAACCAGCUCCAGAACCAGCUCCAGAACCAGCUCACUGUCGGGACAAACGAUUUACCAUCCAGCAAAAGCGAUGGAUCAGCUGAGGAAGAGGAGGGUGAUGAUUGUCUGAAGAGUCAGACCCAAACUGCUUCAUCAAGCUCUGAUGGAAGGAGUCCUGGCAGAUUUCAGGUCAGUGAAGCACAGAGCGCCAUCCACCUCAGCAUCCGCGUCCUGAAGGACUCCAGCAUCAGCAUCCUGUCCAAAACCGUGGUGAAGAAAUGUCCUCUGGUGUCCCUGAAGUGUCCUCUAGGCCUGCAGGAGUUGGACUUUCUGAGCCUGCUCCGGUCUGCUGUCCCCCAGCUGGCUGCAGACGACAAACCUUUUCACAUCUGGACGUUGGAUAAGCGGCGGAGACUUCAGCGUCUGACUCUGAGUACGGUGACGCCUGAGGAGAUCGUCAGAAACGUCAAAUCCACACGGCUCAGAAAGCCUACAGUCUACAUCAGACUCAAGACAAAGAAGGAAAUUCAGGAGGAAAUUCCUUCUCUUCAGAUGGAGAAAAGUUCUGCCAUGUUGGUCAGUGAGGAGAUGAGGAAAUCAUCACAACAACAUCGUAGGGAAACAGAAGAUGAUCCUCUAAUGACGUCAGUGUCAGGUGACGACUCCACGGCGCCUCCUGCUGCUCAGAUGGAUGGAGAUGCAGCUGAUGGGAAUGAAGGAGAGACAAACCGAAGCAACAGCAGCUGGAAACUAGAUGUCAGUGAUGAACGGGAAAAGCAAAACCCCAAGCUCAUGAAUGAGAAAGAAGAAGUCAAUCCGUCUGAAGACGUUUGGACAGAAACGGGUUUUUCCUGUAAAGUCUGUAAAACUGCCCAGAAAUCUGAGGUUGCUGUCAUUAAACACACCUGGAGACACAUGGAGGAAACAGGAAGUGUUUGUGGAGUCUGUGGAGAGUCAGGUGAGGCAUCAAAGAAUCGUUUUCAUAGUGAGCACAGAACAGAUGACUCUCAAGAGACAGCCAUCCCUGGACAGCUGUCCCUCAGUCUGAGUGACCCCCUGAAGGUCCAUUCAGGACAGCAACCUGUCCAACCUGAGGUCAGCUCGUUUGUGUCUGGGUUGCCUCUGGAGAACAAGCACAAACUCCGUCACGAAUGCCCCACUUGCCACGAGCUGUUUGAGGUGGAGACGCAGCUAAAGGCUCAUCACAGGACGCACAGGAAACGUAAAACGUACCUCUGUGGAGUCUGCGGCAAAUUCCUGAGCAGCAACAGAUCUUUGUCCCGCCACAAGAUGACGCACUCUGGAGAAAGACCCCACAGAUGCCAGAUCUGUGAGAGGGGCUUCAAGCUGGCUACCACUCUGAAGCAACACGAGAAGAUUCACAUGAACAGAGAGAGACCGUACCUCUGCGACGUCUGCUGCAAGAUGUUCCUGACCAGCAAGCAGCUCGUCAUCCACAUGAGGACGCACACCAACGAGAAGCCGUACCGCUGCGAGCGCUGCGGGAAGGGCUUCACCACCAGGGGGCCGCUGACCAUACACAUGCGGGUCCACACCGGGGAGACACCGUACCGCUGUCCUCACUGCGGCUGGUCCUUUAAACGGAAGACUCACCUGGACGACCACGUGGCGAUCCACACGGGAGCCAAACCGUACGUGUGUGGGAUCUGUGGGAAAACGUGCGCCAGGAGAACUUACCUCACCGUCCACAUGAGGACGCACAACGGAGAGAAACCGUACAAGUGUUCCCUGUGCGAGAAGGCCUUCACUCAGAGCCACUGCCUGAAGACGCACAUGAAGAGCCACAAGGCUGCACAGGCAGCAUCGUAGCACAAAGGACUCUGCACUUAUUUAUCUCAAAGUGUUUCUGGCUUUUAAAGCUGAAAUAUCUCCAAUAAAACUUAUCAGGAA